AGCAAUAAAUAGUAAAAUAUACCAUACCCCGGUGUGUAUUACUGAAAUUUCCAAUCUUUUAUUUACUAUACAAAAGGCCAUUGUUGUCGCUGUGCUGAGGGUUCACAGGUGUGCUGUGAUGCGUGUGGCAGCUUUUCUCAUCGAGUUAAUUCUUAAAUUAAAUGUUCAUAUUUUGCGGGAGGUCCGUGAACGCCGCCUCUCAGUUUUCACAUUCGGACAAAUCACACAGAUUUACCCGCGUGCUCCCUUGGAUUAAAAAUAUCAGCUGCUUUACUUUUUCCAUGUGCGCACAAACCUCAGGCCUGUUCGCUCUCAGCUCUUCUCGCCCCCCUCCUCCUCUCUGCCUGCCCUCGCUGUUCCUCGGUUGUCUGUUUUCUUGAAGUGGGUUCAGGGAAGUGUUGAGGGGGCGGACAGUUUUGAUUUUCUCUACAUUGUGCUUAGCCAAUAAUGUAGAGGGAACUGUUGUGCACAUCUCAGCUGGCAGACAUUUAAAAGGGAGACAGUCCGGCGCUGGAGCAAUUUGUAUUAAACCCCCCUGGCCCCUGUCUAUGGAGCGGUUAGUCUCCCACCCAUCCACAGUCCCACCAUCGUACAGUCGACAGCAGUAGGUGCCUAUCACCUCGGGAGGUACCGCAGAGGACUGACAGGAUCAGAUUAUCGCACUUGUGACAGCGGAGGCUCGCACAGGAUGGCCAACUCGACGCGUAUCUUCUGCAGCAUGGUUUUCAUCAUCGGGUUGCUAUCCUCUCCCGUGGAUUCCAAAAGAAACCGAGGUUCACAAGGCGCCAUUCCUCAUCCUGACAAAAACAACCCAAACCAAUCAGAACAGCAACCGCAGCCUCCGCAUGCGGGCUCCGGCUCCAGGCAGAGGCAGAGCGCAUCCUCACCGGCCGACGAGGUGCUGGAAUCCAGCCAGGAAGCUCUACAUGUGACGGAGCGCCAGUAUUUGAAACGGGACUGGUGCAAGACGCAGCCCCUCAAGCAGACCAUCCAUGAGGAGGGCUGCGUCAGUCGCACCAUCAUCAACCGCUUUUGUUACGGACAGUGCAAUUCCUUCUACAUCCCCAGGCACAUCCGCAGGGAGGAGGGUGCCUUCCAGUCCUGUUCGUUUUGCAAGCCGAAACGUUUCACCACCAUGACUUUUACUUUGAACUGUCCGGACCAGCAGCCACCCACCAAGAAGAAGCGCAUCCAGCGCGUCAAACAGUGCCGCUGCAUAUCCAUAGACUUGGACUAAAGACGCACAGCAUAUUUCUGUUCUAUGUGUUUCCCAUAUUCUUAAUCUACGCGGUCAGGAUUGUUGGUAGCAAAAGAAGAAAGGCUGUCACACAGCCGAGAACACGUGUCUGUCUUCAUUUAGUGGGAAGCAUCCGUAAAGGCUCCCCACAUGUAGGCUACAACGAUUGUUCUCUCGCGCAGCGUGUGAUCAAAUAUGGACAUGCAACAGACGUUUAACUGCAUUGAACAUUUUACUCCUCACAAACUUUGCCACGUUUGAAAACAAGCAUCACUGCACGAGAACGCUGACUUGGAAUGGGCACGUUUUACGCACGGCUUCCUCACCCCAAGAGGACUGCAUAACCCUGGUUUAUUUAGUCACCCUCAAAACGCUUUUUUGUGACAGGAAAAUAUUCCUGCUCUAUUUUGUAUUUUUGUGUGCAUAUGUCUUUGUUUAACUGGAUGUUUCCACUGUGUGGAAUUUGAUGGAUGAGUGACGAUAUUUGUAAAUGGAAAAUGUGAUUUUAUUUCGGUAUUCAGUACAUGAAUUUUUCAAGGUUAACUGAUGUCUGUGAAUUCCAUCAUUAAACGAUUUUUAAGUUGAGUGCCUACUCGGUUGUAGAGACAGCAGGCCUCCUUGUUAAAAACGGACAAUGUACAGUGGUGGUUUCUACAGUAUCGAGAUUAAAUCGUCCUAACGUGUAAAGCCAUCUUUGAUGUGUAAGCGAUUGGUUUAUCCUUUCAUUAAAUUAUCCAUGAAAACAUCAAA